GGGCGAUGCGAGACGCUGCUCCCCCCAUGGGGUCCGUGCUGGGGGGGGAGCCCGGCAUUAACCCCUCCCUGCCCGGCCCGCCCCAGCUGGGACCAGCCCCGGGCCGCAGUGAUUUGCGAUAAGAAUUUGGCCUCCCAAUUUGGUGGCGGUAUCAGGAUUGACAGGGUGAGAAGCGCUGCUCUGCAUAUCACUGGGCUGAGAGACUCUAGGAAGACGUGAGGAACAACUCUCAGAGGGGAUACAAUCACCGAUUUCACGCGUCUGUUUAUUAAUCAUUUCACCGAGCAGAUAAAGAAACCCCAGAGCACUGGAACGUAACAGAAGGUGGAGAGAAAAUCCAUAAUAUCCAGCGUCAAUACGUUCCCACUCACAUCCCCUCGGGCAACGCUGGAAUGGAUGCUCCUCUCGCCUUGACGGGCUGCAGAAUAACACCCACGUUUUGUUCCCGACCAUCCGGUCCUCCUGUGGGACGGGGAAGGGCAAGGCUGGCGCUGGCACCGGUUCAGGUGACGGGAUGGUGAGUGAGAACAGGGAGCCGAUGUCUCAGCAGGCAGAGGCAGAGGGAGUGGAAGCACAUAGGGGAUUAUCGCAAAGCUGUAAAAGGAAUGCGUCCAUGUGCCGUGAGCCGGGAGAAGCCUGUGAGAGUCAGCGCAGGCCAGGGACGCAGCAGGGCAACCAGUCAGGGGAGAAAGCUGGUGGAUCCAUUAAUUGUGAGGGAACCCACAAGGACCUCAAGGAAUCCACAGCCCAGCAGAGAAUCCUCAUGGGGGAGAGAAAAAACACAUGCACGGAGCGUGGGGAAAACUUCAUUAAUCGCUCAGUCCUUAUUACCCAUGAGAGAAUCCUCACGAAAGAGAGACUCUACGAAUGCCGUGAGUGCGGGAAAACCUUCACUCGGAGCUCACACCUUCUUAGACAUCAGAGAAACCAUACAGGAGAGAAGCCCUAUGAGUGCUGUGAGUGCGGGAAAAGCUUCAGUCAGAGUUCGGACCUUAUCAGACACCAGCGAAGUCACGUGGGAGAGAGACCGUACGAAUGCUGUGACUGCGGGAAAAACUUUAUUUACCGCUCAGACCUUAUUAGACACCAGAGAAUCCACACGGGCCUGAGACCCUACGAAUGCGGCGAGUGUGGGAAAAGCUUCGGUGGCCGCUCAGACCUUCUUACGCAUCAGAGAAUCCACACGGGAGAGAGACCCUGUGAAUGCUGCGAGUGCGGGAAAACCUUCACGUGGCGUUCACACCUUGUUAGGCAUCAGAGAAGCCACACAGGGGAGAAACUCUAUGAAUGCUGUGAGUGCGGGAAAAGCUUUGCUGACAGCUCAGCCCUUAUUAAUCAUCAGAGAAUCCACACGGGAGAGAGACCCUACGAAUGCUGCGAGUGCGGGAAAAGCUUCAUUGACAGCUCAGCCUUUAGUAAACAUCAGAGGAUCCACAAAGAAGAGAGACCCUAUGAGUGCUGUGAGUGUGGGAAAAGCUUCAACGUGAGCUCAGCCCUGGUGAGACAUCAGAGGAUCCACACGGGAGAGAGACCCUACAGAUGCUCCCAGUGUGGGAAAAGCUUCCAUCAGAGCUCACACCUCAGUUAUCACCAGAGGAUCUGCAAGGGAGAUGAACAACACACAGAUCUUCUUACUCACGUGAAUUGCCAGCUUUUGCCUUUGCAAUUCACCGUGGUCCUUAUUAUCAACUCCUAUGAGACUUGUGAGUAUGAGUCCUUUUUCAGUAUGGCUUUCUGGGAGCCACGUAAGCCAGACCACCAGGGUUCAGAGGAAAGAGAGUUCCUAAGAGGUCCCUGCACAGCAGGUGAUGUGUCGCUGAGUGAAAAUGAGGAGCAGAAUUCUCAGCAGGAAGAUACCGAGCAAGUGGAACCACACAGAGCAUUAACGCAAACAUCUGACGGGGAUGUCGCCAGGAGUCAUGAGCAGGCAAAAUCCUGUGAGAUUCAGCAGACACCAGAGAGAGAGCAGGGAAACCCGCCAGGGGAGAAAUUGGAUAAACUCAUUUGCUCUCGAGGAACUCACAAGGACCUCAAGGAAACCACAGCCCAGCAGAAAAUCCUCAGGGAUCAGAGAAAAAAUGCAUCCACUGAGCGUGGGAAAAGCUUUAGGGACCACUCAGUCCUUCAUGCGCAUCAGAGAAUACCCAGAGGAGACAGACCCUAUGUAUGCUGUGAGUGCGGGAAAACCUUCAUUCGCCGGGCUCACCUUCUUACACAUCAGAGGAUCCACACAGGUGAGAAACACUAUGAAUGCAGUGAGUGCGGGAAAAGCUUCACUGAUCUCUCAUCCCUUAUCUCUCACCAGAGAGUCCACACGGGAGAGAGACCCUAUGAAUGCUGGGAGUGCGGGAAACGCUUCUCUCAGAGCUCAACCCUCCUGAUACAUCACAGAAUUCACUCAGGACAAAGACCCUACGAAUGCUGUGAAUGCGGAAAAACCUUCACUCAGAGCUCGCACCUUACAAUACAUCAGAGAAUACACACAGGAGAGAAACCCUAUGUAUGCUGUGAGUGUAGGAAAAGCUUCACUCUGAGGUCGCACCUCAUUCGGCAUCAGAGAAUCCACACGGGAGAGAAACCCUUUGAAUGCCGUGAGUGCGGGAAAAACUUCACUCUGAGCUCAGACCUUACCACGCAUCAGAGAAUCCACACGGGAGAGAGACCCUAUGAAUGCCGUGAGUGCGGGAAACGCUUCACUCGGAGCUCAGCCCUGGCUAGACAUCACAGGAUCCACACGGGAGACAGACCCUAUGAAUGCAGUGAGUGCGGGAAAAGCUUCACUCGGAGCUCAGCCCUGACUAGACAUCACAGAAUCUGCAAGGGAGCUAAACACCAUAAAAACCUCUAGAUCUAUCAAAACGGUUAUUUUCUUGAAUAGUUUUCCUCGUUCCCAUGUAGUAACCUUUAAGGCUGUUUGAACCGGCUGCACCACCGUUAUCCCUCAGCUUGGCCAAAAGAGGUGCUCAUUUCUGCCUUUUGCGGUUUUGUAGUUUGCUCUGUUUUGGGCUGGACCCGGUUGUCCUUGCUAUCAACUCCAUUGUCCCAUGAGUAAUGGAAGUGGGUCCAUCCUUCCAGGAAACCAGGAGAAUCACAUUUAUACUGUUCUUCCUUUUGCCAAGUUAUUUGUGUCACCAGUGGUACAAAUUGUAUCAUUCCCAGUUGCUCUGGGUUGUGCUGAAGAGCAGUUAUUUUUUUACCUUUUUUCAUUAUAUUUAACUGAAGAGGAGCAGGGGCAGGGGAAAAAGGUGUCAUUUCAGUCUCUGUGACACUGGAUGUAGAUGGGCUGACUCAGAGAUUCCCUCCUUCCCCAUCACUCCAGAACUGUUACCUCCUGUCUGAGCCAGGCAGAGUUUAUCUUCUUCACAUUCUGUCGCUCCACCUCUCAAAGUGUCGUGUGAUGCAGUGUUCUCAGCUGUCUGUGCUUGGAGAUGACGUUUUGACUUCUUUAAUCAGAGUCACCAUGGCUGCUGAAGAAAGUAUCAAAGACCUAGAAGGGGAAUUCAAAUGGGUCCCAAACACAGUGGGAUCAUUUGGCGUUUAAAUCCCGGUUUCUACCUAUUGGCCAAGCCACCUUUGGGAAGGUUGGGUGUCCCUCCUCCCCCCAUUAUGAGGCUGUUAGGAUGCUAAAACUGUUGUAAAUAACAACUCCAUAAUGAGACAGUGCUGAGUGAAGCAGAUUUGAAUGCCUCAGAGGAGACUGUCAUGGGAGAAUCUCUUCUCCUGAUUCUGAGUCAUCAGAUGCAAUCUGCUCUGGAAUUUCACUUGACACUUUCAUUUUAAAGAAUCCUUAUUGAGGUUGCAGGAACAAACCAUCCCAAUGUGUAGAAAGAAUAGUAAAUAUGGCAGGCGACCAG